AUGUCCGGCCUUUGGGACAGUCGCCCUACACCUGUGGGUGACCAAAUCUCAACAACUUUUGGAUCGGAGCAUUUGGGACAUGAUAGAAUACACGGCGACGACCUGAUACCUGGAGAAUCAGGAACUGUAGCUAUGACGGGCGACAAUGAGGAUAUUGAUAUUGAUAUCACAGCAUCCCAAAAGAUGAUCUCAGCGAUGUCGGGAAGCCUAUUAACAUCACUAUUAGUAACUCCUCUAGAUGUUGUUAGAGUCCGUCUACAGUCGCAACCUUCUCCAUCUCCCCUAUCUGCGAUACGAAAAGCCGCUAUGGCAUCCCCUCAGACUUUCAGCACACUGCAACCAAAUCUAGGAAUAACAGCAUGUUGCCGGGAAGUUUUCUUCACGGGCAGCGCAACGAGCGAUGGUUGUAUGGCUGCGCCCAGAAUCAGCGCAAUGGAGGGCGUUGGAUGUGCCGUGGAAGAAACAAAAAGAAAGACCUUCAAUUCGACCUUCGACGGGAUGCGAAAGAUUGCACGGAAUGAAGGGAUCACAACUUUAUGGCGAGGAUUAUCGCCUACUUUGGUUAUGACGGUUCCUUCGAAUAUUAUCUACUUUACCGGAUACGAUUGGCUAAGAUUUAACAACCAAAGUCCCAUUAAUCGAAUGCUCCAGGACAAUUAUGCCCCUCUUGCUGCCGGCGCCUCUGCUAGGACCAUAGCUGCUGCAGUAGUCAGUCCAAUUGAGCUGUUUAGGACAAGAAUGCAAGCUAGUCAAACAAUCGGUGGUGCACAUUUUUCAGAAACCCUAAAGAGCGUUGGUGAAAUGGUUUCACUUCACGGAUAUACCUCUUUGUGGCGAGGGUUAACAUUGACACUUUGGAGGGAUGUUCCAUUUUCUGGAAUUUACUGGUGGGGUUAUGAAUCUGUUAGAGGGGCAUUGACAGAUGCACGAGAGCGGGGUCGAGGAAGAACAUAUGACAGGAACACAUCCAGAGGUCAAAUGCGUACGAGAUCACAAAGUCGAGAAAAUCACACAGCGACAUUUCUCGAUAGUUUUGUCGCUGGAGCGACAUCUGGAGCUGUUGCCUCCAUCUUGACUAUGCCUUUCGAUGUUGGAAAGACCCGAAGACAAAUUUUUCAGGACCCAGGGAAAACACCUGUGGGAGUUGAAAAGAUCCUGGCUCCUGAAGAGCAAUCUAUGCCAAGAUUUCUUAUGCACAUCUUCAAAGAAGAGGGUAUUCGUGGCCUCUGGAAAGGAUGUGUAGCGAGGACUCUGAAGGUUGCUCCAGCAUGUGCAAUUAUGAUCAGUUGUUAUGAAGUAGGGAAAAGAGCAUUCAGGAGUGUGAAUGAGAAAGCGGAACGGAAGCGAAGAUUCGAGUGA